AUGGGUCUCCUCUUGUCACCCAACAGGGACUCUGUGACGUUCCAGGAUGUGGCUGUGGACUUCACCCAGGAGGAGUGGGGACGCCUGGAGCCAGCUCAGAAGGACCUGUACAGGGACGUGAUGCUGGAGAACUAUCAGAACUUUGUCUCCCUUGAUCCCUUUAUUCUUAAUACAAGAUAUGAGAUCAAGGAGUCAUCUGUAAAUCAUGGCAUUUUUAUGGAAGCAUCAACCAAGGAGAGAUCUUCAGAGUUCUGGAAUUCUAAGUUGGAUGAAACUUGGGAUUUUAAUGUCUGGCUGGAAGGCCAUAAGGGGAAGGAGAGAUUGUUCCAGGAAGUUAUAGGCAGUCACAGAACAGCUUCUGAGUUGGAUGUUCAUGAACAGAAUGCUUUUGGGAAGAGAUUCAAGUUAGCAUCUGUUCUUGUUCCCAGACAAAGAGCGACUAUGGGAGUACAACACCAUCAACACGACACACUUGGGAAGAGCUUCAAACAAUUAUCAGACAUAAUUGACCAUAAUAGGAACUCCUUAGGAAAGAAAAUUGGUAACUAUAAAUGUAAGAAACCUAUCAUUUACCACUCAGACCUUUUUCAGUACCGUAAAUUACACAAUGGAGAGAAACACCAUACAUGUAGUCAGUGUGGGAAAACCUUCAGCAGUAGUUCAUGCCUUAUUGCACAUCAGAGAAUCCAUACUGGAGAGAAGCCUUUUAAAUGUAAUGAAUGUACAAAAGCCUAUAGGCGUAAAGCACAUCUUAUUCAACACCAGAGAAUUCAUACUGGAGAGAAACCCUAUGUGUGUAAUGACUGUGGAAAAGCUUUCAGCAUUGAUUCAUCCCUGGUUAAACACCAAAGAAUCCAUACUGGAGAAAAGCCCUACAAGUGUAAUCAGUGUGGGAAAGGCUUUAGCCAAAAAGGACACCUUAAUCAACACCAAAGAAUUCAUACUGGAGAAAAACCUUUUACAUGUAAUGAAUGUGGGAAAGCUUUCAGCCAAUACAAACACCUUAAUGAACACCAGAGAAUUCACACUGGGGAGAAACCCUAUGAAUGUAAUGUAUGUGGGAAAGUUUUCAGACAGUUCGGGAACCUUAGUAAACAUCAGAGAAUUCAUACUGGAGAGAAACCAUAUAAAUGUAACCAAUGUGGGAAAGCAUUUAUUGACAACUGCGUCCUUAUUCAGCAUGAAAGAAUUCAUACAGGAGAAAAACCAUAUAUAUGUAAUGAAUGUGGGAAGGCCUUCAGUCGGGGAAUAUGCCUCAAGAAACACAAGAGAAUUCACACUGGAGAGAUACCCUAUAAAUGUAAUGACUGUGGAAAAGAGUUCACUGACAAGACAUCCUUUGUUUGUCAUCAAAAAAUUCAUACUGGAGAGAAGCUACAUGAGUGUAUUGACUGUGGGAAAACUUUUUGCCAGAAGGCGAACCUUAAAAAACACAAAAUGAUUCAUACUGGAGAGAAGCCCUUUGAAUGCAAUGAAUGUGGGAAAGCUUUCCGAGUAGUGGGACAGCUUAACAUACAUAAAAGAAUUCAUACUGGAGAGAAACCUUUUAAAUGUACUGAAUGUGGAAAAGCUUUCAGAGACAGAGGAGGACUUAGUGUUCAUAAGGAAAAACAUGGAGAGAAACGUUAUACAUGUAGUGACUGUGGGAAAACCUUCAGGAACCGGGGAUACUUUCGUAUACAUCGGAAAACUCAUAAUCAGGAGAAACGUUAUAAGUGUAAUGAAUGUGGGAAAGACUUCAGCCUAAGGGAAUCCUUUGUUGUUCAUCAGAGAAUUCACACUGGAGAGAAGCCCUAUAAAUGUAAUGUAUGUGGGAAAGCCUUCAUUUACAACACAUCUUACAGUAAACAUCUGCGAAUCCACACUGGAGAGAAGCCCUAUACAUGUAAUGAAUGUGGGAAAGCUUUUACUCAGAAGCAUUACCUUACUGAGCAUGAGAGAAUCCACACUGGAGAGAGACCCUUUGAAUGUAAUGAGUGUGGAAAGUCCUUCAGGCAGAAGCAAACUUAUAAGGCUCAUAAGAAAAUUCAUACUAGAGAUAAAACGCUUAAAGCCUUCAGUUGAAAGGAACGUAUUUGGAAAUAUCAGUAUUUCCUACUGUUGGACAAUUAAUGUAAAUGUGUUCAAUGUUGAAAAGCUAUAAUUUCAACUCACAGGGAAACCUACCACCUUAGAGUUGAUGACCGAUCAUGAAACAACUCUUGCAUGUGUAUUUAACUUGUUACAGGCUUCAUGAGGAAAAUUUACUGUGGGACUUUAGUAUGGGAAAUACUUCAUAUGAUCACAGUCAUAGAGAUAAAGCUGGAAGGGACCUUAAAAAGAUUUCUCCAACUCCCUCAUUUUCUAGAUGUGGACACAAAGGGAGAGUCAUUAAAUAAUUUGUCCAGCAUCAGAUAGCCUGUAAGUAUAUGAGGCAGUAUAUGAAUCCAGGUAUUCUUGAUACCAAAUCGGGUGCCCUGCCCACUAGUCAGUGCUUCUUUUCCUCUAGUCUUGUUACUCGUUAAAUACUGAAAGUCAAAAUGUCAAAAACAGCUUUUUUCACAAGCUACAAUAAAUACUGUUGGGGGACUUGAAAGGGAAAAAUAACAAUCAUAGUAAAAAUAAAAUUAUAAAAACAUUAAAUCUCUUUAAUUUGGAAUGCAUGUUAUCUGCUUUAGGUGUUGAAGUUGUAUGAAUAGAUUCUGA